AUGAAGAUUCUCGGCACUCAGGCCCUUCCACUCCCGGCCCCUAUUGUCGUCGCAACUGGUAAUGGGCUCUACCCGCGUGUGGUUCAUGAUAGCCAGACGGCGCCCGUUCGCCAAGUCAUUGCGAGAGGAACCAUUUUUGCGAUAUUCUUAGCAGCCUUGCUAUUUGUGUCUGUGUUCUUGGCCAUGGCGCUCGUCUGGUAUCGUGGAUGGCACGAUGACAUUGCCAUGGUGACUGGGACAGUGGGAGGGGUGGUCUUGGCGUUGAAGACAACUUACACCAACGUCAUCCAUGCCCUGCAAGGAAGUCUCAGUCGUGAACCAUCGACUAGCCACGGCGCUCCUUCCGAUCCCAUGCAUCGUGCCGUCGCUCGCCCCUCUCCCAUGUUCAUGCAGCGUACUCGUGCUCCAGUGGCUAGGUCCCGCGUCAUUCAUUUCGGUGUAUCGUCGAUCGCUGAACCCUGCCACGCAACCGCCUCCCCUUCCAGUCGUCGCGCCUUCCCCCGUCUGUCCAGGCCUUUCGAGCUCCACCUCCGUGCUCCGACAGCACGCUCUCGCCCGGGUCCUAGUACACGCUCUUUACAAAGCGACACUGCGUUCGUCGCUGGAUUGUGCGCUGUGCAAGGACCCGCUGGGGAGAUCGGUCAGUUUGAUCAUGAGAGCAGUGUGGAAGGUGGCGAAUAUGUGUCGGUCGAUGAAACUGCGUCGCUGACGGCUGGCGGCUCGGAGGUUCGAGCUUUAGUUGGUUAG